GAAAAGCCCAGGGUACCCAGAGGGGCCCACAACAUCUUGUAGAGGGAGAGGAAGAGGAGGACUGUGACCUCCCUCAGAGAUACCAAAAAGGGACAUGUUCAAGCUAGAUCAACUGAUCCUGAAUAAACACACUUGGGAUCGGCCGCAGAUGCCCAGACUGUCACCAGGGAGCACACAGAUGCCCAGACUGUCACCAGAGAGCACACAAACCUUGAGAGACCAGAGCCCCCCAUCCUGCUGUUUCCAGAACCCUGAGACAGGUGUGUCCAGGUUACCACAGCACGAUGGACAAAACCCCCCUCAUCUGUGACUAUGGUUCUGGCUUCAGUAAGGUUGGCUUUGCAGGAGCUCAAACUCCUCUGGCCGUCUUCCCCACCAUCCUCGGGAAAAUGAAACAUACUGGGCUGUCCUGUCCUGCCUGUUUUUCAGAAUGUGCUAGAGGGAUUGGAAGAAAAAGACUGGUUCAUUGGAGCUGAGACCCAGAGUAAUCGAACAGAGCUGAAUAUGUACUACCCCAUAUCCCGGGGAGUCAUCACCAACUGGGACAAUGUAGAAAAGAUUUGGCAUUACUCCUUCUACCACACCCUCCGCAUUGCCCCUGAGCAGCACCCUAUCUUGAUAACAGAGCCGCCAUUAGCCAGCAAGGAAGCUAAAUCCAGAAUGACUCAGAUUCUAUUUGAAACCUUCAACUUCCCUGCCCUGUACUCGGCUAAUCAAGGGGUCCUCUCCCUUUACGCUUCUGGCAGAACCUCUGGAACAACUGUUGAAUCUGGAGACGGGAUGACCUACUUCGUGCCCAUCAUUAAUGGCUAUCCUUUGCACCUGUCAACCACCAAGCUGGACAUAGCUGGCCAAGACCUGACUCUGUACCUCAUGAAACUGCUGUCAGACAAUGGGAAUGUGUUAGAGACCAUAGCUGACCUGGAGUACAUCCGAGACCUGAAAGACAAAUGCUGCUAUGUGGCGCUGGACUACAACAUGGAGAUGUCAAAAACUUCAGAACCCUCCUUCCAGAAGAAAUUCACGUUGCCAGAUGGCAAGGAAAUCAACCUAGGGCAGGAGGCUUUCAUGUGCUCAGAGGCACUCUUCAACACCAGCCUCCUGGAGAGAACCAAACCAGGGAUCCACAUGCUCGCCCAGGAAUGCAUCCUGUCCUGUGAGAGAUCCCACUGGAGGACUCUAUUCAGUUAUAUCAUACUGUCUGGUGGCACUGGUACCUGUUCAGGCCUACGAUUCCGGCUGCAGAAAGAGAUAGCAAGGCUGGUCUCUCCAGACUUCUGUGUGAAGGUGGUUGCCUCUCCAUAUGCCAAGUAUGGUGCCUGGGUAGGUGCCUCCAUCUUGUGUUCUCUCCCUAUGUUCAAGGACAUGUGGAUCACAAACCAUGAGUAUUUGGAAAUUGGCCCUUCUGUCAUAUGUAGAAGAAGCUUCUGACUGGUGGAUUUCAGGUUCCAUCACCUGAGCCACCAUCACCAUGCCUAGGCUGAGCCUUAGCCAUACUGAACAGGACAUAAUCAAAACAAGCUCACAGCAAGGCCCCCUUUUUCCUGAAAGACAGUAAAAGUGUAU